UUGGUGGGGUUAACCUCGCCAUCACCAUUUGGCAUGUGUGCUGCAACCAACAGGAGAGUUCCGUAGCUGCUCCUGGUUGUCUUUCAUCUUCGGGAUGGACGGCUACUCCCUCCUCUACAGCUCGACCCACAGAACCGAGCUGCUGGGGCGCUUCCAGCGGCUGCGCUCGGACGGGAAGAUGUGCGACGUGGUGCUCGAAACCGACGGCGCCUCCUUCCCCUGCCACCGGGCCCUCCUGGCGAGCUCCAGCGAUUAUUUCUGGGCGCUCUUCGGGGAGGCCACGGCGGAGAGACUAGCGCGGUCUAUAAGGCUCCCGGCGCUAACGUCCAAGGGUUUAGACGCCAUUUUGGACUUCCUGUACUCGGGCUGGCUCAGGGUGUCACCCGCCACGCUCCCAGACAUUCUGGAGGCGGCGAGGUACCUGCAAGUGGACACGGCCGUGGCCAUUUGCGAGCGCUACAUCACCGAUGGGCUCAGCGUCGAGAACUGUUGCAGCUAUGCUAACCUAGCUGAGCACCAUGCACUUCCUGAUGUGCUGGAUGCCGCCAAUUACACCAUCGCCGCGGAGAUGGCCAAUCUGGUGCAGGAAAGAAGAGACGAACUUCUCGGAUUGAACGUCCAAUCGUUGAUGGCGGUGCUGGAUGCCGAUGAAAUCCCUGCAGUCAAGGAAGUGGAUCUCGUCAAACUGGCUCUGGAUUGGCUGAAUGACAACGGGCCCCUCCCACCGCUGCAAUCCAACCUCCUGCUAAGUCGUCUCCGCUUCGGGUUGGUCGCUCCUUCUGACCUUGCACACCUUGGCCACGCCCACAGAGCCAUGGCCACACCUUUGAUAAGAAGCCUGGUAACCCGGGCGCAGGAGUACCACGGAACAGGCUCUGCUGGGCCGAUACGACAGAACAAACAGUCCACACUGAGGGCGCCGCCUGAUCGCGUGCUGCUUGUCGGCGGCGGACCUGGCCCGGAUCGACCGGAGCAGCAGGUUCUGACCUUCAAUCUAAAAACCAGGAAGUUUACGUCCCUGACUUCCUGUCUACCACUAAAGCUGAGGAACCACUGCGUGUGUUCCCUGGGGGGCUUCCUCUUCGUGGUCGGCGGGGAAGUGGUCAGCGAGGCGGAUGAGAAGCCGGUCACCGUGGAAACGUCUAAUCAAGUGUGGAGGUACGACCCCCGCUUCGAAUGCUGGCAGAAGGUGGAGCCCAUGCUGCAGAGGCGGGCCAAGUUCGCCUGCUGCGCCAUGGAGGACGCCAUUUAUGCCAUCGGAGGACAAAACGCGGAUUCCAACGUAACGGCCGCACUGGCCUCUGUCGAGUUCUAUGACAUGGCAGCAGGGGCGUGGAGGAGAUGCGCGCCCAUGCCUGGCCCGCUCCACGGCCAUGCUUGUGCCGUGCUGGAUCACGACAUCUACGUGUCAGGUGGUCUCUCAGGCAACGGCAUCAUAAUCCCGGGCCAGAGCCAAAGCAGCAAGGAAGUUCUAUGCUGGGACGGCAUGGGAGGAGCCUGGAAGAAGAGGGCUCCCAUGUCCAUUGGCAGGUUCAGCCACCGCCUGGCGACCGCGCAAGGUUACAUUUACGCCCUCCUGGGGAUGUACGAGCCAUUCUGCGAGAUCGAGCGCUACGACCCGCGAGAGGACCAAUGGACGCGCCUCAGGCCGCUACUUGCCGCAACCUUCAACUACGGGAUGGCGGCGACGCCAAGCGGGAGCCUGGUGGUGUUCGGUGGGACGAAAUGGAGCAAUGCGCGGGAGGUAGCGGUAAAGAGCGUGCUGGAGUACGACCCCAAGAAAGACCAGUGGAGGGAGAUUGCUCAGCUGCCUAAACCCCUCACGGGAACGGAGUGCACCAUACUGCCGAUGCCCGACUAAAAUGCACAACGUUCAAAUUAGGAUCAAAUUCUGCAGACUACAUUUAAUGACCAUUUGG